UUCAGCUACUCCUUGAUGAAAGAACUCAAUCUCCCAGAAUGCCUCGCGUCGGUCAGGCACAAGGAAUCGGAAGUGAUUGUAGCUUUGCGCGUAGCGAGCUUUAGCGUAGGAAGAGGGCGGCGUGAGACGAGUUUUGGACUCAUGGCCCAAGUAUGUGUUCUGUCUGGAUUCACAAAGUAUUUACACGCUGGCCGAUUGGCCUGGAGUUCGACGCUGGUUUCCAGAACAACUUUCUCUAGAUGCUCUUUAUUAGUGUCACCCACAUCAUGUAAAUGCUGCACUUCUCUCUUUCUUCAUAAUCAUCAACUGAAAACUCCACUUUGUUUACCGAGUAGAAUUUGUUUCUCUUCAUCUCCUCCUCCCAUAACCGACAUAAGCAACACGAAGGAAUUCACAUUGAUCUAUAGGUUUCCAGGAAUAAAGUACUGCCGAGCCAUUUCUCGCAUAAAGCUUCUUCAGACAGCGCUGACGGUUUUAUUCCUUCCGCCCAUGUAUUAUUAUUAUUUUCAAGGUCAGGUGACCGGUUUUUGUGUUGCGUAUUCUAGCGGCAUUGCUCUGUUUGCGGGCGUGAUGCUGUACUGCUUGAGUUUCUACCUCAGAAGGAUUAUCGGCAUGAUGUAUUUAAAUGCAGCAGGCACCACUUUAAAAGUUUCCCAUCUGACAUUUUGGGGAAGGAGAAGGGAUAUGUAUAUUGCAGCUGAUGAUGUGAAAGUACUGUCAGAGUCCGGAGACCACAUACGUGAAGUUGUCCGCCAGUUCAAACGUUACAGCAUCCCGGACACAAUGUAUUUUUCUCUUCACUUUGGAGUCGUUGUGGACAAAGAGAAGUUUAUGAGACUAUUUGGAAAUCUAAAAUAAAAAGAUCAUUUAAAAUA